CGAUUUUCUCGAGCUGGUGAGCUUGGGUCCAAAAUGAUGAAUUAUUCAAGCAUGUAGUUGAUUGAAGCAGACACCGAGUAUUUAUGCGUUCUCUGGUUAGUUUAACGAAUGUAUUAUUAUUAUAUGGAACAUCAAACAUGUACCCCCACCUCGAUCCAACGCCUCAAAAGCAUCUAUUUGAUCCUUUUCUUUUUCGUGCUCCUCCCCCUUUGUACCUCUUUCACUCAUUCCAAGCUUCUACUAUUUAGGUACUACUCAUCUAUAAAUACGACAAAGUUUC